AUGGAGUUGCAAAGACAAAGGGUAGACACGCUACCUAAGGCAAUCCAAGAAGCAGAGUACCUUAGGGAUUAUCAAGUGGAAGCCCAGAAGGACAGGCCUCAACAGCCUGUCCGAGGAGAAUACAAAGGAGGUCAGCCGAACAUUGGUAGCCCUAGUAGAAGUGGAGGAGACCAGAGUGCAACCAAAUCUAAGGCUCCUUCCUCAGGCAGUACUAGCGCUGCAUCUAACAACAAUGAUCGGGGGAGGAAACCCUUCUCAGGAUGCCGUCAUUGCGGCAGACCACAUUGGAAUAAUGAAUGCCCACAUGCACAAAUGAACGCCCAUCAAGCUUUUGAGGAUGGGACGGAUGACGAUGCCGAUGAUGCGGACCAAACCGAACCAGUAGGUGCAUUUAAUGUCAUUGUUGGCUCUAUUUCUGAACCUCUAGCGGGAACCAAUGCUAGUAUCCAUAAGAAGAAGGACCCCUGUCCAAUCUCCAAGAAAGGGAAAAAGAAGGUGAACGAGAGGACUCCUCCUCAUCAAGAGAGGACCUUAAUGUUCAUUGGCAUGAAGGUGGAGCGACUUGGCCUAGUUGUAGGAAAGGGCAAAGGUCGUGUCAAAGCUAUCAACUCACCACCUCAGCCAGUGGGUGGAAUGGCCAAAGAAGUACCGGUGAAACUUGGCCCUUAUGAAGGAAAGUUCAACCUGCGCGUGGUGAUCAUAGAUGACUUCGAGUUGAUAGUGGGGAUGGAAUUCCUGAGACAAACCAAUACCAUGCUCGCAUCGUAUGCAGACUUGCUACUGAUGAUGGGAGAAAAUGGGGCCAAGCCCUGCAUUAUUCCGUGCAUUACCAUGAAGAUGGCCGCCGAGAACAUCUCAGCCUUGCAGUUGAAGAAGGGGGUAAAAAGACAUGAACCCACGUUCCUGGCUACCCUCUGCAUGGAAGAUAUAGAACGCUCCUCGGGUCCCAUUCCUGCACCCGUGAAGGAGUUGCUUCUAGAAUUUGAAGACAUCAUGCCACAAGACAUGCCAAAGCAUCUUCCGCCUAGGCGAACUAUGGACCAUGAGAUUGAGUUGGUGCCGGGUAGUUUACGACUCUGCGUGGAUUACCGGGCUCUAAACAAAAUCCCUGUGAAAAACAAGUACCCUAUUCCGCUAAUGGCAGACUUGUUUGAUAGACUGGGUAGUGCGACGGUAUUCACCAAAAUAGACCUGAGGACAGGUUCUUGGCAAGUUCAGAUUGCAAAGGGUGAUGAGCACAAGAUGACCUGUGUGACAAGAUAUGGGUCAUACGACUUCCAGGUUAUGCCCUUUGGCUUGACUAAUGCGCCAGCCACAUUUUUCACCUUGAUGAACCAACUCUUCCUAGAAUACAUUGAUGAAUUCGCCGUGGUUUAUUUGGAUGACAUUGUGGUACAUAGCCAGACACUGGAAGAACACCUGGAGCACUUGCAGAAGGUCCUAGCCCGAUUGCGGGAGCACGAAUUAUAUGCGAAGCUAUCCAAUUACUCCCUCAUUGCGGUGCCGCUGAUAGAACUUCUCAAGAAGGUCACGCCAUGGGAUUGGGGCCCCAAGCGAGUAGAGGCCUUCAACGCAUUGAAAAUGGCUAUGUCUAGUAGCCCAGUCUUGGCCCUCCCUGACUUGGCCAAGCCAUUCAAAGUACAAACGGAUGCCUCCGAAUAUGCACUUGGUGGAGUAUUGCUACAAGAAGGGCAUCCCGUAGCGUACGAGAGUCGGAAACUAAAGGAUGCAGAGCGGCGAUAUGCCGCCCAUGAGAAAGAAUUAUUGGCUGUUGUUCAUUGCUUACGCCUUUGGAGGCAUUAUCAACUAGGAGCCCCAUUUGUGGUCAAGACAGACAACACAGCCGGCAAGACUCGCCAGUUCUACACCGAAGAUGGUUUCCAGAAAAUGAAAGGGAACCGACUUUAUGUUCCUAAAGGAGGAGAUCUGCGAAGGGUUCUUCUGGCAAAAUGCCACGAUACUUUGUGGUCUGGUCAUCCCGGUGAGGAACGCACCAUGGCAUUGCUUCGCCGUGCAUAUUAUUGGCCUCAAAUGGUCGAUGGCGUCGCUCAGUAUGUGAAGACUUAUCUA